ACACUCGAAAUGCUUCCCGAUAGCCCAUCACCUCGCGCCGCACUUGCUCUCUCAGAUCUUCAGCCUCAGACUGGCGCUUCAACGUUUGCUGUUGGCACUGGAUCUGGCAAUUGGUAA